AAAAAACUAGUAUUUACAUUUAAUUAUAUCUUGAAGCACAUUAAUUUUCAGUCAAAGAUAUAUUGUCAUUUCUCUAUAAGCAAAUUGUGUAUGAAUUGUACAUAAUCGAUAAACUAAAAAAUUAAUUUAGUGCACAUUGCGUAGUAAUUUGACAGAAUUAAUACACUGUUCUGGAAUUUUAAAAUUAUUAAAGUUUGAACAAUUUAAAGGUAAUCAAACUUUAAAUUUUUUAAGGUUUAAAAUAAAUAUUGUAUAUAUUGAGUUUUGUUUGUGUAUAUAUGUAUGUAUACUGACGUUUAUUGCAAUAAUUUAAUUUCUUAUUGAUUUUUAUUUGCAACAUGGAUAGAUUGUGCGCGUUUAUUUGCAGAUGUAUAACAAUAGGUAAUAAAGAUAGAAUGCGUAGGAUAUGUCAAGUAGAUUGUCAGGGAAAAAAGGUAAAGAGAGGGAAUUAAAGAAUGGAAAGAGAAGGGAGGACUAGGAGUCAUAGACUCAUCCUCGCGAUACUUUCACUUGAACUUCUUCUAUUACAGAGUAGAGAUCUUUUAGACGCUGGGAGCGGUUCUUAUUAUACUUUUUACAGAAAAUUAAAUUCUCUAAUGUAAUAUCCUUUAAAAAUUCUAAUUUGUUAUAAAAAAUGGUAUUCUAUUGGGUUUUACAACUUUACUUUCUACUAUGCGUAUUAUUCGUCGUCACUGUUUACACUGAAGAAGUUUCUAAAAUCACGCCACCAAAUGUUUCCACGAAUUUUUCUUGUUUUAAUCGGUCUAUGGGAUUUUAUGCCGACGUUGAAGCGAAUUGCAGAGUAUAUCACACAUGCGAUGAUCAUGGCAAUAAAUUUAGUUACCGAUGUCCCGAAGAAACGGCUUUUCGACAGGAUGCCUUAAUAUGUGAUCAUGUUCAUCUCGUUGAUUGUCGAGCAAUCACUUAUCAAUCAAAACAAUUUCAAAACGAAAAUAUCAAUAAAGAAAAUGCACACACGAUGCCUUUGAUAAGAUCACCAAUCGUAUCCAUCGAUUUGCUCGAUAAUAAUCGACAAUCAUUUUCACGUUCUUUUAGAGUGAUUCAACAACCCGACAAAAUCAAGUCUAAUAAAGCUGAUUCUGGUUUUGUAUUUAGUGCAAGUAUAUUUUUAAGAGAUAAAUUACAAAAUCAAGCUGGACAAAUCACCGACACUUGCACGACAUGCAAUACUUAUUCGAAGAAUCGCAUGACAGUUUCCACUUCUCGAUCGCUCAACGAACAGAUCAGUUCUUGGAAUUCACGUAACAAUAAAUCAAUUCCGCCAAGACAGUCAUUACCUUUGUCGUCAUUGGAGACUCGCACUUUCGCGCGAGAUAAAAGCACCGUACAUUUUAAUCGUUCAUUCGAACCGAUUGCAAAUUCUUCACUUGUAAAAACGGUAGCACCAGAAGGUAAUCAGCGUUCACCUGCUCCACGUGAAAAGUCUUCUUUUUUGAGUUAUAACAGUGACUAUCAUCCAUAUUCAGAGACUCUAAGAUCGAUUCAGGCUAACACUCAUACGCUCAACAUAAAGUCUACUACGGAAAUACCCGUACAUGCUUUGACGCUCUCCUUAAAGCCAUUGGUGCCAAAUGAACUGGAAUAUGAUCCUUACUAUCCUAAACAACCAACGUCCACUGAGACGUAUUACACACCCAGCAAUCGCAAUAAGAUCACUAGCGCUCGUUUUUCCAACCAGAUGCCGCCGAUAAUCACGCACCCUGAUUUUUUUGAAAUCCCAUCUAUACUGCCUGAUCUUAAUAUUUUAGAGGAUUUGGUUGAUCGCCGGAAGUUUUUUUAUAUUCCGCGUGCAAACAUCAAAUCGAUGUAAUUAAUUAAAAAAGCAUUCAUAUUUAUGAUGUUACGUGCAAAAGAAUUUUAAAUAACUUUAUUUUACGAAAUAAAUUGUGUAUAUUCAUGUUAAUAA